AAGCUUUUUCACCAGCCUCGCCUCAUGAGGUAGCUCGGUGGGAUUUCUGAGGAGGGCUAUUCCGACUUCAUCUCGGCCCACCAUGAGGUUCUUCCUGCCCUGUGCCUACACGCUGCUCCUGAUGAUUCCCCAGUUAAGGGCAGUCAGUUUUCCUGAAGAUGAUGAACCUCUCAAUACUGUUGACUAUCACUAUUCAAGGCAAUAUCCGGUUUUUAGAGGACGCCCUUCAGGCAAUGAAUCGCAGCACAGGCUGGACUUUCAGCUGAUGUUGAAAAUUCGAGACACACUUUAUAUUGCUGGCAGGGAUCAAGUUUAUACAGUGAACUUAAAUGAAAUCCCCAAAACAGAAGUAAUACCAAGCAAGAAAUUGACAUGGCGGUCAAGACAACAGGACCGAGAAAACUGUGCUAUGAAAGGCAAACAUAAAGAUGAAUGCCACAACUUUAUCAAAGUAUUUGUUCCAAGAAAUGAUGAGAUGGUUUUUGUUUGUGGUACCAAUGCGUUCAAUCCCAUGUGUAGAUACUAUAGGUUGAAUACCUUAGAGUAUGAUGGGGAAGAAAUUAGUGGCCUGGCAAGAUGCCCAUUUGAUGCCAGACAAACCAAUGUCGCCCUCUUUGCUGAUGGGAAGCUGUAUUCUGCCACAGUAGCUGACUUCUUGGCCAGUGAUGCGGUUAUUUAUCGAAGCAUGGGCGAUGGGUCUGCCCUUCGCACAAUAAAAUACGAUUCCAAAUGGAUAAAAGAGCCGCACUUUCUUCAUGCCAUAGAAUAUGGAAACUAUGUCUAUUUCUUCUUUCGAGAAAUUGCUGUAGAACAUAAUAAUUUAGGCAAGGCUGUAUAUUCCCGGGUGGCCCGCAUAUGUAAGAACGACAUGGGUGGCUCCCAGCGGGUCCUGGAGAAACACUGGACUUCAUUUCUGAAAGCUCGGCUUAACUGUUCUGUCCCUGGAGAUUCGUUUUUCUACUUUGAUGUUCUGCAGUCUAUCACAGACAUAAUACAAAUCAAUGGCAUCCCCACUGUGGUCGGGGUGUUCACUACACAGCUCAACAGCAUUCCUGGUUCUGCAGUCUGUGCAUUUAGCAUGGAUGACAUUGAAAAAGUAUUCAAAGGACGAUUUAAAGAACAGAAAACUCCAGAUUCUGUUUGGACAGCAGUCCCCGAAGACAAAGUACCAAAGCCAAGGCCUGGGUGUUGUGCAAAACAUGGCCUUGCCGAGGCUUUUAAAACCUCCAUCGAUUUCCCGGAUGAAACCCUGUCGUUCAUCAAAUCCCACCCCCUGAUGGACUCUGCUGUUCCUCCCAUCGCCGAUGAGCCCUGGUUCACAAAGACUCGGGUCAGGUACAGAUUGACGGCCAUCGCAGUGGACCGGACCGCCGGGCCCCACCAGAACUACACAAUCAUCUUUGUUGGCUCUGAAGCUGGUGUGGUACUUAAAGUUUUGGCAAAGACCAGUCCUUUCUCUUUGAAUGACAGCAUAUUACUGGAAGAGAUUGAAGCUUACAACCAUGCAAAGUGCAGUGCUGAAAGUGAGGAGGACAAAAGGGUCAUCUCAUUACAGUUGGAUAAAGAUCACCACGUUCUGUACGUGGCGUUCUCUAGCUGUGUCGUCCGCAUCCCCCUCAGUCGCUGUGAGCGUUAUGGAUCAUGUAAAAAGUCUUGUAUUGCAUCCCGUGACCCGUAUUGUGGCUGGUUAAGCCAGGGAUCCUGUGGUAGAGUCACCCCAGGGAUACCGCUGUUAACCGAAGACUUGUUUGCUUUCCAUAACCACAGUGCUGGAGGAUAUGAACAAGACACAGAGUUCGGCAUCACGGCCCACCUAGGGGACUGCAAUGAAAUUUUGCCUACUUCAACUACACCAGAUUACAAAAUAUUUGGCGGUCCAACAUCUGACAUGGAGGUAUCUUCAUCUUCUGUUACCACAAUGGCAAGUAUCCCAGAAAUUACACCUAAAGUGGUUGAUACCUGGAAACCUAAACUGACGAGCUCCCGGAAAUUUGUAGUUCAAGAUGACCCAAACACUUCUGAUUUUACUGAUUCUUUAUCAGGUAUCCCAAAGGGUGUACGAUGGGAAGUGCAGUCUGGAGAGUCCAACCAGAUGGUCCACAUGAAUGUUCUCAUCACCUGUGUCUUUGCCGCUUUUGUUUUGGGUGCAUUCAUUGCAGGUGUGGCAGUAUACUGCUAUCGAGACAUGUUUGUUCGGAAAAACAGAAAGAUCCAUAAAGAUGCAGAAUCUGCCCAGUCGUGCACAGACUCCAGUGGAAGUUUUGCCAAACUCAAUGGUCUCUUUGACAGCCCAGUCAAGGAAUACCAACAGAACAUUGAUUCUCCUAAAUUGUAUAGUAACCUGCUGACCAGUCGAAAAGAGCUGCCACCCAAUGCAGAUACUAAAUCCAUGGUGAUGGACCAUCGAGGCCAACCUCCAGAGCUGGCUGCUCUCCCCACACCUGAGUCUACACCUGUGCUCCACCAGAAGACCCUGCAAGCCAUGAAGAGCCAUUCAGACAAGGCCCACAGCCAUGGGGCUUCAAGAAAAGAAACCCCCCAGUUUUUUCCUUCUAGCCCUCCCCCCCAUUCCCCAUUAAGUCACGGUCACAUCCCCAGUGCUAUUGUUCUUCCUAAUGCUACCCAUGACUACAACACAUCUUUCUCAAAUUCCAAUGCUCACAAAGCUGAAAAGAAGCUUCAAAAUAUUGAUCACCCUCUUACAAAAUCAUCCAGUAAGAGAGAUCACCGGCGUUCUGUGGAUUCCAGAAAUACCCUCAAUGAUCUCCUGAAGCAUCUAAAUGACCCAAAUAGUAACCCCAAAGCCAUCAUGGGAGACAUCCAAAUGGCCCACCAGACCCUAAUGCUGGAUCCUGUGGGACCUAUGUCCGAGGUCCCACCGAAGGUCCCUAACCGGGAGGCAUCGCUUUACUCCCCUCCUUCAACUCUCCCCAGAAAUAGCCCAACCAAGCGAGUGGAUGUCCCCACCACUCCUGGAGUCCCAAUGACUUCUCUGGAAAGACAAAGGGGUUAUCACAAAAAUUCCUCACAGAGGCACUCUAUCUCUGCUAUGCCUAAAAACUUAAACUCACCCAAUGGUGUCUUGUUAUCUAGACAGCCUAGUAUGAACCGUGGAGGAUAUAUGCCCACCCCCACAGGGGCGAAGGUGGACUAUAUUCAGGGGACACCAGUGAGUGUUCAUCUGCAGCCUUCUCUCUCCAGACAGAGCAGCUAUACCAGUAAUGGCACCCUUCCUAGGACGGGACUAAAGAGGACACCGUCCUUAAAACCUGAUGUGCCACCAAAGCCUUCCUUUGUUCCUCAAACCACAUCUGUCAGACCACUGAACAAAUACACUUACUAGGCCUCAGUGUGCUCUUCCCCGUGGCUCUAUCCUGUCCGUGUUGUUGAGAAGAUGACAUGGUAAGUGUUCAUUAAG